AAUUUUGUCAAAAGAUAUCUUUUUUUUCUGUUUAAACUAAAAAAGUGUGCUUUUUUGGUGAAACUAUGAGAUUAGAUCCUUAUCACUUUAAAUUUAUUCUUAACUUGCUGAUUCUGCUUGCUAAAUUUUAUAUUCACAAAUGCAAAUUCUCAAUGAAAACUCUUUCUUUUUUCAUCUUUAAGAAAGAUCUUGAUAUAUAUUAAAUUUCCUUGAGGAACUCAAAAAACAUUGUUGCUUGUAAGACCUUACAAUGGUGUCAAUUCUUUAAGCCAGCUUAAAUCUCUUUAUAUUUAUGUUUAUGUAAUGUAACCCCCGAUAUUGUGUACUAUUUUCCAUAUAUUGUAUUGUUCUGUAUAUUUUAUUAAGGCAUAAUUUUAAAGAAAUGCAUGAUGAAGUCGAACACACCUACAGUGUAUUAGCCUACUUCCGUUAAGAUUAAAUGAACAGGUGAAUUCAUCAAGCACAUAUAAAGAACUGCACAGAAAUCUUUUAUUAUAAUGCUGUUGACUUAAAACGAAAAAUUAUUUUUACUAUGACCUACUCUUUUCAUUACUAAAAUAAGUGUUUGGGAUAAAUGACUGUGGUUGCCUUCAUAUGUGACAUCUGAGACCUGACAGUGAUGCUCACAGUCAAUGUUCUGCAUUAUUUAUUACUGGCUACAUUGUAACAGUGCACAUAGAUGCAAGGAGCUGCUACAACACCAGCAAUGGCAUCUCUUCUAGAAGACGGCUUGAUAAGAACAGGUGCAAUCGAGCAGGUGGUGGUUCCUCUCUCUACCCACCUGUGUCAGCUCAUCCUGUUGUGUGGAAGUGAAACAGAGCUGAACAAGUAUACCCACCAGGACCAGUUCACCAACCAGGACCAGUUCACCCAACUGGAAGCGGCUGCUACAGCAGUGAGCAAGGCUAGCAAAAAUAUGGCGGCUGUGGCAACCAGGCUAAUGGCAGAUACAGAAGAUAAUAUCCUAAAGAUGGAGAUGAGUCCACUUGUGGAAUCCCUGACUGUGUCGGGUCAGCAUGUGCUCCUGGCCACCCAAAAGCUCAGCAUUCAACCAGAGGUCAUGGAUCACAGAGAGGAACUCAUUGAAGCCACUCAAAAUGUGCUGUUAACUGUAGUAAAGAUUCUUUUGGCGGAGGAUGACGCAGCUGUAAGAAAGAUCACCGUGGCUGCUGAUUGGCUCUUGCAUUGUCUUACUCAAGUGGGAGCUGCAGAAGACAUUUCAUCUUUAUUGAAAGCGUUUCAAAUCUUUUCAAAGGCAAUGCUGCUCAUUCACAGCUCGGUACUUGAACGAAUACAGGAACUGCGUGACGACAGACAGCAGAAGCAUUUGAAAGCUUCCCUAGAGACCCUGAGGAAAUGUGUUUCCAUGCUUCACACUGCCAUGUACACGACCAUAAAACAUCCAAACAGUGAGGAAGCCCAGGGUGCAAAGCAAUACAUCUUAAACAAGGUGGAUUCAACAGUGAAUGACAUCGUAACCACACUCAAGAGUAACUGCGAGCCGGCAGCCACCGGUUCGUGUGGAUACUACACCGAAUUACGGAACAAGUUACAAAGGCUGCUGUCUGCCCCUGCUUCUGUUAAAGACGUUGAUUUUGACCUUCUGCUUCGUGAUUUGGUGCUUCACAGUAUGAUGGUAGCAAAUGCUUCUCGGAGAGAAAUUCAGUUGGAAGUGGCUGCCAAUUGCAAGCUGGUCCUACAGCGCUGGUCCGAGCUAUCACAACAAACAAAACACUGUGCUGAUCAGCCAGAUCAAGAGCGUAUGAACAACACAUGUGCUUCUUUAUUGGAACAAAUCUAUAAACUCAACAAGGCUGUUGUAAACGCCACCCUGUUUCAGGUCUUAGACAUAUUUGUCACAGACAUAUCUCCUUUGGAGCAGAUGGUGCACACUGUUUGCCGUAUCUUCCAGGAGGAGGUAGAGGAUGAUGAGAUGAAUAUGAAAACACUCCAGGUACAAUCUGAAGCCUUUGUAGCUCACGCUGAUAAGAUAGCGGAGGUGGCUGGCUUCAUCUCAGCUUUAGCGUGUGAUGAAACGAGUCUUGAGGGUGUAGAUACCUCAAGAAUGUGCAUAAUGCAACUAAAAGAUGCAGUUGUAGCACUUGUGUUAGAUCUUGGUCAUUGCACUGAAGCGCUGCAGAAACUAAAUGAGAUUAUUCGGAGAUGGACAGAAGAGAUGGAGCAACUCCUGCAUGUCUGUAGCAGCAUCAUUAAUGUUAAGGACUUUGUCUGUCUUGCUCUUCAGGAAACGGAGAGAGACUGGAUGGCAUUUGUUGAAGCACAUAAAGAUCAGAAUGUGCAGUUCCUCUUGAAACAGGCAGGCUUUUUUAUGGGUCACACAAGUCAGGUGAUCCAGUUUGUGAAAAAACAUGUUGAUAGGAGUGAUGAUCCAAUUUACCGUAAUGGGCUGCUGGUUCUGGUAAAGCAAGCCGAAGCCUCUGCAGCGGAGGUGACAAACUUUCUCACUGAUAUCUAUUCUUAUAGCAGUCUUAGCAAUGAGCAAUUCGUACUGAUUUCCAAUAGCGUCUCAAUGGCUUUUAAACACUUUAACAUUUUACGUGAAGGACUUGAUGGUUUGCAGCAUCCACAUUUGCUGAGCCCACUGCGAGAGGGAGCCCGUCAGUCUGCCAGCUCUGCAUCGUGUGCUGUUCCCAUUUCAGAAUGUCAAAGUUCAACUGAUGAUAAAACAGAGGCUGAGACAUCAUUGCAAAGCUCAACUACUGAAGAUAUUCAAUGUCAGCUUGAAGAUGGUUUGGAGAACCAGACUCUUCAACCAAUAAUGGAGCAACAUGUUCCAAACUUUGUAGAAGAGUGGACUGAACCUGUCCCUGAAUCUACACCUGAUGCACAUUUUCAAAAUAUUGAUUUAUUGCCUCUUUUGUGUGAAGUUGUCAGCAUGACCAAAGGGAAAGAUGUAGAGGCUCUCAACAUGGCUUGCACCGGAGUUUUGGGACUUUCAAACAGCUACGCCCAAGCUGCAAGAGAAGCCACAAGCGUCAUAGACACCGCUGAUUAUCAAGAAGUGGAAAGUGUGCGAUCCAAACUAAUGUCUCUGACGCCCUUGCUCGUCCAGACGGCACAAGAAACAGCCAUGAGUUCAGCUAUGAGUACAGACAGCAUUUAUAAACACAGCACGCAAUUUUCUGACCUCAUCAAAUGUGCCCGUAAAACAUUACUGCCAGUUGCAGGAAUGUGGUACCAUGCUGUGUUCUCCAUGUUCCGAAACUAUGCACCAAAUAUGUUGGAGUCUAUCACACAGGAUCUUACAGAGGUAAUGUGUUUAUGUGCAGAUGCUGUACAACUUGUUACAUCAGCGGACAUCAAGGUGUUGGGUGAGUCUCAAGAGAGUAUUAUGGCAUUGCAGAGCAAACUCCAAAAAGCUCAAACCAACACUAAGAAUCUUAUAGAUGUGGCUGGUUCAAGGGUGACCCAAACUGAUGAGCUAGAUGGUCUUUGCAUGCUUUGGGCCUUGUCCAUACAAGUACUGCUUAAUUCACUGGAUAGGAUUUUGGGAACAUCCACAACUGAUGGCAAAGGGCAACUAAUCAAACAUCAAACGACACCCAAAAAGUGGUUGACAGCAAUGUCUGAGAAUUCACUUCGUAUACAAGAAGCUGCAAGACUGUCAUCUUUGAACUGUCGAGAUGCAUAUAAGGUCAAACUGUUAGGAGAACUUCAGGAAGAGGUGAAGACGCUUACAGACUCAUACUUACAGGUCACUGAAGGUACUGCGUCUCUCUCAAGUGUCUUGAUGUUGGCCAAGUCAGAGCUGAUUCAGAGACAACUUCAGAUUCAAAUGAAAGCACUCUCUUGUCUUCUGAGCAAAAUAAACCAGGAUUAUGUGACAGCAAUUGAAAAUACGAUUGCCUUGGCAUGCUCAGUCAAAAAUCAAGAUGGUAACUUGGAAACCGAAGAUGCUCUGGCACAGUUUGAAAGCAAAGCAGAAUUGCUCUUGCAAAAUGUUAAAAAUGCCACAGGAUCCAUCCAGGACUGUUUCAAUUUUAUUAGAGACCCAAGGGAGAGGUCGAACCUACGGUUCAUUAAUGACCACUUGUCCUUUCAGAUGUCGGAUAUAGUGUCUAGAGCCAGGCUAAUUGUGGAAACGCAAAGUCUUGGCGAGACUCUAACUCUUGAUAUUCAGACACAGUGCUGGUCAGCAAAGGCUCAUUACCUCGUAAAGGAAAUCUAUAAGCUGAAUGAAAUUCUUGAUGUCACGAAAGAACAGAUCAAGUGCUGUUUGCAGGGAAAAGUCUCCAAUGAAUUGGUCAAGCAUCAAACACCAAUACGACUCAUGCAAAAAAAGGAACCCCUCCAUCCUGUAAGCAAGGAAAUAAAUCCCAUACACAUAAAUAAUCAAGGUUCUACUGAAAGCAAAUCAAACACUUGCAUCAAAGAGGUGUCCAGUCAGGAACCAAAUAAGGAAGUGAAAUUACUAAGGAGCACACGAAUGACUGUGUAUACCUCAGUGGAUCCAACUCUCUCUUACACGUCCCUCUUUCUGAAACGGGAGACGGAGAAGUGGGAUGACAAGGGUAACCAGAUUGUCAAAGUGACGAAGGAAAUGGCAGAUAAACUCUAUAACAUGGCUCAGUAUCUAAAGCGUAAAGGGCCCAUUCAGACCAAAGAUGCUUUUGUGACGUCUGCAAAAGAUCUUGUGUCAAGUGGCCAGGCUAUCACACAGUUUGUGCGUGUCAUAGCAGACCACUGCUUGGACAAACAUUGCACCGAGGAGCUCUGUGUCAUAGCAGAGCAGAUUCUUACUAUUUCCAACCAGCUGACCAUCAUCUCUAGGGGUGCAUGGUGUCUCUCCAGUGUUAAUGCAGUGACCCCCGGGUGCAAGUCAUCGGAUGAGAUCCUGGUGAAGAACGCACAGAAUCUACUACAGACGGUCAUCCAGGGUGUACGAGCUGCAGAGGCUGCUUGUAUCAGGGGUUUGAAACAACCAGAACCAAACUCUGAAGCAGCGAAGGCAGCGGCUUUUUGUUUUCAGUGGAAGCAGUCUCUUCUCAUCCACCGAGCUCAGGAGCAGCUCAACCCAGAAACUGAUGACUUGGGUCUGCGGAGGAUCUCCCAAAAUUCUACUGUGCCCAGCCUUGCUCCAUCCAUCAAUGUGCUGGACAAAUACAAAUAAUGACUUACAAGGGUCCUAAAUUGCUUGUUGCUUUUAUAUUUAUUUUGUAGGUAUAAUAAAACGAACUUUGUUACCCUUCAAGGUAAAGUUAAUUGUAAAAUGUAUACUAUAGACUGUUAAAGGAGCAACAACAUAAACAAAUGCCUUUUGUGGAAUGAACUUCAGUUCCAGUAGACUUAGCAAAUAAUUAAUAACAACCAUUCAGAGUAAAUUUAUUUUUAAUAACAAGCAAAAUAAAUAACCAGUAAAUUACCUUAGUUAGUCAGAGCCGAUGGUGUAGUGGGCUGUGCUCCGACAUGUGGUGCUUUCGCAUUUUCAGCGACUUGAGUUCGAUUCCUAGCUCGUGGUCAUUUGCCGAUCCUCUACCCCUCUCUCCUCCCUGUACUGUCCUGUCCUCUCCUAACCUCACUGUUCAAUAAAGGCAAAAACUGGCCAAAAAAUAUAACUUUACCUUAGUUCAAUUACAACUACAGUAAAUCGGAUCACCAUUACAAUGAGCUAACAUUACUAAAAUCAUUGUACAGGUAUACAGAGUCAGCUUCAGAUACUUAAAUUAUUGUCUGGCUGUCGAAUCCACAUGACUCUCCUAAUUUUGCCAAGUGGUUGAUGUUCUUAGGGCAACAUUAUGUUGAGCCUUUGACAACAUUUUAAUCAAAGAAUCAGAUUUCAGAAAUAAUUUUAGAACCAGGCCAUUUCUAGACCAUUGUUUUUUACUUAUAAAGUAAAAAAUAUUUUUCCCUCUGAUUUUAGGGUUCCGUUAUAGUUGGGGUUUGUUGUGUGUUUAGGUUUUAUUUAGAAAAAUGUUGUCCUUGGGUCAACACAAUAUGUUGCUCUGAGGACAUCGCUCACUUGGCAAAAUCAGGUUGAGCAAAUCCGCACAGCAGUGAUCCAUGCUCACCGUCUCACCUUGUUGAAACCAAAACAUUUUAUUUUCCACAAGGUAUUUGUUUCGGAGAUCUGUUUAGUUGGUAGCGAGGGUGCGUUUCCAAACGCAACUACGGUUGCAAUUUUUUUUGUUACCAAUAGUUUAAUGCUAACAACAAACAAAGUUAGCUAACAGUGCUUUUGGGAAACAAACAUGUGACCGAAGUUACAGUGCAUUACAAGGUAUACAUUUUUAUCAGUAUGUGUGUUCCCUGGGUUCAAACCCAAGAAUUGUGCAAUGCUCUACCACUGAGCUGACGCAAUACACGUCUGGAUACGACCUUUACUUCCAGUUUCGUUUUUUUAAUGGUCUGACUAGUUGCUAAACUGAUCUCUUGAACAAAUGCCUCGCCGAAUAUAACAAGUGUUUUGGUUUCCUAGGUAAUCUAGUCGAAUAUAAUCUAUGUGUUGUUUUUUUGCUUGUUAUAUAAACUACGUUUUAAG